UGGUGGUUGUGCCGCGGGAGCAUGAGGUGGUUUCGGACCUCCCAGCCGCCGCCGGUGGAUGAGGAGGCCGGUGGCUUUCUUGGUGAGCUCAACAACUCGCUCACUAUGUCAACGUCGACGAGAUUCUACGGCUUUGUCAUCACCUUUGGUCUUGGGAUGAUUCUCUCGCUGUUCUCGACGACGUACCUGACAACGCUGAGGCUGUACAAGUUUGCGCUGGUGUACACGCUGGGCAACAUUCUGUCGAUUCUGUCGUCGAUGAUGUUUGUGGGGCCGGCACGGUACAUGACGAACAUGUGCAAGGCAUCACGGCGAGGCGCGUCGAUUGUCUACUUUCUCUCGCUGGCUUGCACGCUCUACUCAGCGCUGGUGCUCAAGGCCCGGCCGACAACCGUCGUCUUGGUCCUUGUCCAGGUCUCGGCGCUGGCCUGGCUGUACCUCUCGUACAUUCCGUAUGGGCGCAAGAUCGUGCUCUCGUGCCUCAAGUCGACGUGCGGCUCGGCGCUGUCGUUCAAUUGAGACUAAGAGCUCUGCGGCGAGAAGGGCGAGGGUAUCACCGGCGGGAGGGGCCGCUGAGCCGGGCGCGGCGGGCGCGGCGGGCAAAGAGCACGUCGUGGCGAUCCUGCAUCCGGUGGACAUCAAGCUCCUUUUGGCGGACGAGAACCACCAUGACCGCAACCAUGACCGCAACCAUGAGCGGCAUUGUCGACGAGAUAGUCGUCAUGUUGGUCGGCGCCGUCUCGUGCACAAACUCGCAGCACUCGAGAUCGGCGCGCGCCUGCUGCAGCGUGCUCGCCGCCCGCGCCGCAAACUCGUCCAUACGCCGGCGGGCAUCAACAACAAGCUCAAGGUACCCAGGCGCGCCAUCCAUCCACGCCAGGAGCGCGGUUCGGAUGGCGCCCUCCUCGCGGGCGAGCUCGUCAUGGAGGUAGGCAACCGUCUCGCGGACCCGCGACGAGGCGACCAGCACCUCGGCGUAGCGGUAGUGGAAGAGCCGGUCAAUGAACAGUCGCUCGCCGA